AUGUCGGGCAGAAACGCAUCAAGCACUCACGAGGUGACGAAGCUCAGCAUCCUCCUGGGCAUCUUUUUGGGCGUCUUCGUUGUGCUGCUCGUGCGCCUGCAGUUCAGGAGUCGCCAGCGGCUGUUCGAGAAACCCCACUGCAACGCGUUCGUGCCGCGUGCUUACACGGUGGAGGAGUUGUCGCAGUUCGACGGGAAGAAGAAGCCGCAGGCUUUCAUGGGUGUGAAGGGGAUUAUCUACAACGUCUCGCUUGAGUGGUACGGGCCAGAGGGCCCAUACAGCGCCUUUGCUGGGUGCGACAGCUCCCGUCAGCUCGGCAAGGUCAUCGUUGGCCGUGACGAAAUCAACGCGGACUGGACCACCCUUUCCCCGGCGCAUCUUCAAACGCUGAAUGAGUGGGAGGAGCGUCUCCGCAGCAAGUACCCUGCAGUAGGUUGGAUCACGGACCCGCACAAGGACUUUGUGAAGCGCGCAGCCUCUCUCGCACCAUGA